GUGGUGGCGCUCGCCCGCGGUCGGGGUCUAAUUGGUGCCAAAGUUGAAAGGUUAUGUGGUGCGCGGGUGAUGUACGAGUAAUUUCUGAUUUUGCGAGAAGAGGCAACAUGCGUUAAAGUCAUUUUUAGUGUGAGUGCAUGUGUCCUCGAAGCCGUUUUGUAUUUCAUUGCCAUCGGGUCGAUUCCGACCAAACCAGCAUUUUAUAAGGAUUUCACUCCUCUGCCUGCCUCGCUUUAAAGGGGCUUUCAGGGUAGGGAGAAGGUGGAAGAAGGGGGAACCGAUCGCGAUGGUCGAUGCAUGAUCCCCUGCCUGCCUAGGGGAUGAACCACAGAAACGUGCGUGAAGAAGACAGCGGUCGGCGUGUACCCUGUGCUCUACCAGAUUGAGUGUUUCCAGUCCAUUUCUUUUGCCUUCAGCUUAAUCAGACAGCCACCAUGGAGGCCCCUCCAGUCACCAUGAUGCCUGUCACUGGGGGCACCAUUAACAUGAUGGAGUACCUGCUUCAGGGAAGCGUUUUAGAUCACAGCUUGGAAAGCCUCAUCCACCGCCUUCGAGGCUUAUGUGACAACAUGGAACCCGAGACUUUCCUGGACCAUGAGAUGGUGUUCCUCCUUAAGGGCCAGCAGGCCAGCCCGUUUGUUCUAAGGGCCCGGCGCUCUAUGGAUAGGGCAGGGACACCCUGGCACCUGCGCUACCUGGGACAGCCAGAAAUGGGAGACAAGAAUCGCCACGCCCUGGUACGAAACUGCGUGGAUAUCGCCACGUCUGAGAACCUCACUGACUUUCUGAUGGAAAUGGGCUUCCGCAUGGACCACGAGUUUGUUGCCAAGGGACACUUGUUCCGUAAGGGCAUCAUGAAGGUGAUGGUGUAUAAGAUCUUCCGCAUCCUGGUGCCAGGAAACACAGACAGCAUUGAGGCCUUAUCCCUCUCUUACCUUGUGGAGCUAAGUAUCGUUGCACCAGCGGGCCAGGACAUGGUCUCUGACGACAUGAGGAACUUUGCCGAGCAGCUGAAACCUCUGGUCCACCUGGAAAAGAUAGACCCCAAAAGGCUCAUGUGACUAAGAGGGACGGUCCACCAAUGGGGCCUGCCCUCGCAUGUCACAAACAAGAAGGCGUUCUAAGUGCCCUCACUUCCCCUCAGCCCUCCAGACGCCCUUCCCUCCGGAAGAAGGACAGUGAGAACAUGCUUCUUGGUUCUGUCUCUUUGUGUGAUGAUUUCAUGUUUGUGAUAAGCCUUUUUGUUUAUUAACUUUUUAUUGUGAAUUGGGUGACGGUUCACAAUGCAAAUCAGUUUUCCAUUCAGUAAUUUGUACACGUUUCAUGUCAUUGAUUGUAGUUCCCACAACUUAACAUUGCUCAUUCUAUUUCUACCCUGUGUUUCCCUUUUCUCUUCCUCCUCCUCUCCUAACCCUCCCUUCCUUCGGAACUUUGUCCUGAGGUAGAUGCUCUCCUUUUCAUCCUGAAUGGUUGAUUGUUCUAAGGAGUGCAUACCUCCCUAAUGUCAUCGUCCCCUUCUGAGACCUGUCUAAGCCUGCAAGGUGACUAAGAGCCAAGUCUCUGGACAUGACAGCCAUCUUCAGUGAAAUGCUCAGGAUUACGCAAGAAUCUGUCUUUUACCUCCCACACAAAGAGGUGAGACUGGAAUAAAUUGCUUUUUUUUUGGGGGGGGGUGAUUUCUUAAUUAUUGCCAUUUGUGUAUAAAAUUUGAAAUGUAGAAGCUGUGAGCUUCAAUGGUAAUAAAGGCUAAGAAGAGAAA